CUUUUGUAAAUAUUAUGAAGCAAACAGAGUCGAUUACUUGUAUUAAACAAAACAAAAGAUGUCAUAAAGUUAGGACUAGAAUCGACAAAAAAGAAUGAUGGAAAGAAGGAAACAAGGGAUUUUCCCAAGGAUUCUCAAGAUACGAGACCAUCAGUUUUCAUUGAUAAGAAUUACGUGGAGGAUUCGGGGACGAAACCUUUUGACGAGGACCGAGAUCCUCUCUAUAUUGGCCCGGAUGAGUUCGGUGGGGAUACAAGGGAAGAGCAAGAAACUAGAAUUAUUAUAAAAGAAGAAGUAGAUUUAGACGCUUCUGAAUUGUCACAAGAAGAAACAAUAUUUGUAGACCCCAUGAGGACGGAAAUAAUGGAUUCGAGCUGUAAUCCUACAAAUGAAGAAGAAGAAAGAAUGAAAAAAUUACCCGAAAAAAUGAGAAUUAAAAAUAAUUUAUUUCAAAAAUGUUAUCGUGGUAAAAAAAAUCCAGCUGGAAAAGAUUUAAUUUCAACGAUUUUUACCAGGAGGGAAAGCGGUUAUAAUCCAACAAUGAAAAAAGUAAUAAGACGUAUUUUUAAUGAAACUAAAAAGGAAACAGAAGAAUUGAGACAUGAAAAAAGUGUGGAUACAAAAGAAGAAAAAGAAAGUAGAAAUAUUGUAAAGGAAGAAGUAGAUUUAAACGCUCCUGAAUUGUCACAAGAAGACACAUUAUUUAUAGACCCCAUGAAGACGGAAAUAAUGGAUUAUAGCAGUAAUCCUAAAAAUGGAGAAGAUGAAAGGAUAAAAAAAUUACUCGAUAAAUUGAGACUUCGAAGAACUUUAAAUCCAAUAUGUUAUCGUAAUAAAAAAAAGGAAAGUGAAAAAGAUUUAGGUUCAACGCUGUUUAACAGGAAGGAAAGCCGUUAUAAUCCAACAGUGAAAGAAGUAAUUAGACGUAUGUUGAAUGAGACUGAAGAGGAAACCGAAGAAUUGAGACGUGAUUAUGUAAAAUUUCGAAGCAAGAUAUAUCAAUCACGUUAUCGUGCUCGAGUAAAUGGACGGCUUAAUUUGGAAAUGGAAAAAAUGCUGCAGAUGAAUGUAGAAAAAUAUAUGGCCAAAAUUUUAUUAGAUUAUGAAGAGAUAUUAAAUAAUAGACGUCUGAAACGUGGACUUGUACAACAAUUCUCCAGUGACAAUGCUUCGCAAAGCAGUGUGGAUACAAGGGAAGAGCAAGAAAGUAGAAGUAUUAUAAAGGAAGAAGUAGAUUUAGACUCUUCUGAAUUUUCACAAGAAGAAGAAAAAGAAGAAGACACCUUAUUUGUAGACCCCAUGGAGACAGAAAUAAUGGAUUCGAGUAGUGAUCCUAAAAAUGAAGAAGAAAGGAUAAAAAAAUUACUCGAACAAAUGAGACUUCGAAAUAGAUUAUAUCAAAGACGUUUUCGUGAGAGAAAAAAGGGAUGUUUCUUGUUUGACAGGAAGGAAAGCCUUUAUAAUACAACAGUGAAAGAAGCAAUGAGACACAUUUUAAAUAAAAAUAAAAAGGAAACAGAAAAAUUGAGACUUGAUUGGGCGAAAUUUCGUAAAAAUAUAUGUCGAAUACGUUAUCGUGCCAAAUUAAAGGGACGGCUUAAUUUGGAAGUGGAAAAAAUGAUAAAAAUGAAGGAAGAAAAAUAUUUGGCGAAAAUGAUAUUGGAUUAUGAAAAGAUAUUAAAUAAUACACGUCUGAAAAAUGGACUUGCACAACAAUUGUCCAUUGAGAAUGCAUCGCAAAGCAGUAUGGAUACAAGGGAAGAGCAAGAAAGUAGAAGUAUUGUAAAGGAGGAAGUAGAUUUAGACGCUUCUGAAUUGUUAAAAGAAGAAGAAGAAACACUAUUUGUAGACCCCGUGAAGACGGAAAUAAUGGAUUCGAGCAGUAAUCCUAAAAAUGAAGUAGAAGAAAGGAUAAAAGAAUUACUCGAGAAACUGAAGAUUAAAAAUAAUUUAUUUCAAACACGUUAUCAUGAUAAAAAGAAGGAAUGUGAAAAACAUUUCAGUUCAGCGCCGUUCAGAAGGAAGGAAAGCCGUUAUAAUCAUACAGUGAAAGAAGUAAUGAGACGCAUUUCAAACAAAACUGAAAAGGGAACUGAAAAAUUGAGACUUGAUUGGGUGCAAUUUCGUAAAAAGAUAUAUCAAAUACGUUAUCGUGCCAGAUUAAGGGGACGGCUGAAUUUCGAAAUGGAAAAAAUGCUACAAAUGAAGGAAGUAAAAUAUUUGGCCAAACUGGUACUGGAUUACGAAAAGAUAUUAAAUAAUCCACGCCUGGAAUGUGGACUUGUACAACAAUUCUCCUCCAGUGAGAAUGUAUCGCAAAGGUAA